UGUCGGUUUACUGCGUCUCGGGCAAGUUCUCCAACCCAUACAUGCUAACCUUCUUCCUGCUUAGUGUGUUCCGCUACUUGCGCCUGAUCGUCAACAUCAUUGCCUUUGCCAACCUCAAGGGUCAUCCUAUCAAGUCCGAACCAACCUUCACCUCCAGUGACGUCUCUGUUGUUGUUCCUACCGUCUUUGCCGACAAGGCUGAGGUCAUCUCUUGCCUCCAACGCAUUCGUGUCUGCAACCCUCACCAGCUCAUUGUUGUCACCAGCAAUGCUCUCGUCGAGAGUGUUCUUGCCGCCUGCGCUGAAGUCACUGCUUCUGCCGAAACCGAGAGUGAAAAGCUCGACAUUGUCCAGGUCGUCGGUGUUGACAAGCUCAACAAGAGAACUCAAAUGGUUGCAGCUCUUCAACAAGCUGUCACUGGUUCAAUCGUCGCCUUCGCUGAUGACGAUGUUUUCUGGCCUAAGAAUACCUUCAUCGAUACCAUGGUUGCCUGUUUUGAAGAUUCGAAAGUUGGUGCUUGUGGACCAUCUCAAAGAGUUUGCCGCUCCACUGACCUUGACAAGCCCACAUCCUUCACAAAUUUCCUUGGUAUCUGCUAUUUGGAGCGCCGCAACUUCAACACAGGUGCUACCAACUCCAUUGACGGUGCCGUUUCAACUCUUUCUGGUCGCACCAGCUUCUACCGUGCCAGCCUCCUUCAGAACGAUGACUUUUAUUCAUUCUUCCUCAACGCUGCCAACCAUGAUGACGAUAAGAACCUCACUAGAUGGGUUUAUGACCAGGGCCUCCAGAUCACUCUUCAAUUCGACCCCAACGCCCGCAUCAUGACCACCCUCGAGACUAAGCCUAAGAUGUUCUUGAACCAGUGCAUGCGCUGGGCUCGUGGUCACUGGAGAGGUAACUUCCGUGUCAUGCAGACUACAACUUACUGGUACGACACUCACAUCUGGUCUCUCUACGCCAUCUACAUUGGUCAGUUCCAGACUCCUGCCUUCCUCAUCGACGGCGGUCUCUUGACUCUCCUCUACAACGGUAUGUCUACCUACGACAGCUACACUCGCAACGCUGCUCUCAUUGCCCUUGUCUCCUGGAUUCUCUUCACCAAGAUUGUCAAGAUCAUCCCUCACUUCUGUGAGUUCCCUCAAGACAUCAAGUUCAUCCCUGCAAUGAUUGCCUUCAGCUACUUCCACGGCCUUCUCAAUGUUUACGCUCUCAUCACUAGAGACAACAAGGUCUGGGGUCGUUAAAGGGUCAGCAUGUUCUCGCUUUGGUUAUUCUCACCGGUUACUUUGUACCCCUACCCCCUUUUUCCUUUGCCCCCUCCCUCCCU